UUGAAUCUACAAAAAUUUACACAAAGUCCUUCUUUGGGCCAAAGUCAAUGUAGCUAUGGAUGGUUUACUCACACCUGUGAGUAUAGUUUACAAAAAGCAAGAGCAAAACCGUGAAAAUGCUCUCGUUGAAAUUUCUACUUCAUCGUCAUUGAUCCAGCCGGCAAAUGAAUCUCGUUCAAAUCCUAUACACAUAUCAAGUACCAGCGAAGCAUUGGAGACUUUGAAAAAUCAACCCAGUUUUGAUGAUUUGAAGUCAGUCCUGGAAUUUCUCGAAAAAGAAACAACUUUUAUUAUUACUUCCCCAGGUCCUUUAGCUGCUCAACUUGUACAUGUUCUGGUGUCUGAAGUCAUACCGAACUACUGGAGUAUUCUCCAUGAAUCAAAUGGCAAAUCCAGGAAAAAUAAGCAGUCUCAUAUCCUCAAACUACUGUUGAAUUCCAUUCGAAGUGUAACAGGUAUGAAUGCAAUAUUACUAAAUUUAAGACGGCUCACACAGCAGUCCAAGGAGAACAGGAAAAAUAUAGGAGGUGAGCUAUCCAAAAUUGGAUUUGGAAAAAAUUUAUAUCGGAUAGCCUGACGGUUUAUAGGUUCAAGCAUUGAAGAAAGCCUCAAAGUUCAGUUGCAACUUUGCCUCGAGGUUCUGGACGGCGAAAACACCAUUGAAAAGCUCUGGAACACCAUUACUAAUCCAUCCAAUGUUCCCACCAAGCAGAGGGCUCUUUUCAAUGAGCUUUUGUCUUUGAUAGGAAGUGGGAAGAUUGUUGGAGUCACGGCAGAGGCUGAGGCAAUCUCUAAUGAACUCAGUAAAGAACCAAAUGAUAGGUUCUGGGUUGCCGACGGAUCCUCCUACAGCCGAUGGCUGAGUCAAAAUAUCAUAUCCUGGUUGAAGUCUCUCCCAAGAGAUGCCGAGCAGACAUGGAAAAGCUGCAGUGAACUUUUCGGGAAGUGUCUUAGGCUUGGUCAUAUCGGUAAGACUACAUGUUGUAUUACAUGGAUUUGUUGCUCAUUGGUGUUCAGAUAAUAUUGCCAAAGAGAUUUUAAGUUCUCUGCUUUUGCAAAAAGAGGAAGAUGCAGCGAAAUUCAUGAAACUUUAUGGAUACCUUUCAAGCUUUGAACAACGGAAUUUACUACAUACAUUUUUAAAUAUACUGUCACGGGAUCACUUAUCGUUGGAUAUCACAUCUGAGGAUGAUGAUAAGUGGUGGCAAGCAAACACAAGCAUCAUAUCAGCUGCAGCUAAGCUCAUUAACAUGUUAAUAUCUGAGAGUGAGCCACGAAAGGAUCAUCUCAUAGCUUGGUUGACAAACUCUUCGGGAGCUGGAAUAGGUGAAGGUAUAGCAGUUCGACGUGCGGCAAUCGCGUCACUCUCGGGAAACAAGAAGGACAUGGAAACCGUAUUGGAAAAGAGUUUAAGUCAAUUUGGUGAUACAUUGUACAUUAGACAUGCCCCUACCUUACAACAAGAAGGUAUGAACAUCAACAAUCAAAUACUAUUCUGUUACUAACACGAUUCUAAGUACAUGCUCAAGUCCUUCUCCUAUCUGCUGGAUAUGUUUGUAGAAUGUCGCCUCUUCGGCUUAGGAUGAUCACAAGAUCAGGUACUCAUUUGAGUGUAGUUUCGAAUAGAUUAGCUGCGACCUCACCUCGAGCACGCUUCUUAGGUAUGGUCAUCGGAGAAGCUUUGUCUAGUUUGGUCGACAAGGAUGAUAAGGUUAUGGACUUUAAGAUCGACGAUACUGAAACACCCGAAGCAAAAUGGUAUAAGAGCUUGGUCAAUGUAUCAGACACAAUUGGCAAUCUCGAGCCUCUAAAGUCAAAAUUCGUUCCUGAGACGUCAAAACCCACGAAAGUUGCAAAGAACAAACCCGGGUCGAAGCCGAACCCCCUCAAAGGAAAUUCUAAAAUAAUCGCCAUCGAAGAAAUUGAAGACGAUGAUGAAGUAGAAUCUUCUGAUGAUGGACUCAUUCCUUAUGCUAAACCUGAUUCAGAUGUUGAAGACUCAGAUGAAGAUCCAACACUGAUCAUAAGAAAUAAACCAACGGCUCCUGUCUAUAUCCGUGAUCUCAUCACCUAUAUGCGGGAUACUGAAAACUACGAUCGCCAAAAAUUAGCACUUUCCACUGCAGCUUCCUUGAUACGGCGAAAAGCCAACUUCGGCACAGAAGUCAGUUCUCACGCUGAGGAAAUCGCAACCCUUUUAGUUGGCCUACAGGACAAAUACGACAUUGAGAGCUUUCAGGAGAUGCGCUCUCAAGCUAUGAUCGCUAUUCUCAUCGCAUUACCCGAGAAAAUGGGUCAAUGGUUUUCAAAAACGUUUUUCGAUGGUGAUUACUCUUUAUCGCAGCGCGCGGCUGUCCUCACCACUCUUGGUCUGGGAGCUCGAGAAUUGGGCGGUCAUGGUUCCGAAGAUAAAUCUCUCAUCGAUAGCACAGGCUCAUCUUCAUCAUCUUCCUCCUUUCCGUCCAAAAAGCUCCCAGCAGCAAUGCACAAAUACUACUCUCCGUCUCCUUCAAAACCAACUCUUACUGCAACAUCCAACCCCGUUGAAGCUCUAACCAUCAGCCUCAAAAAUACCUUUCUUGCCCCACUCGCUGCCCAGACAGCGGACAAUCUAAGCGGCCCCAACAUCCUCAAGGUCCGCACCUUUUCCUCCCGUCUCGCAGUCGAAAAAAAUCGCAAAAAACCCAUCUCCAACGCCCUCGCUAAGAUAGUUUCCACAUCCUUUUUCUUUCCUCUAACCGGUCGUUUCUUCAUCCAUCUCAAAGCCUACGGUUCAAACUCCUCUUCCAAUAUAGCAUUUCAACCCUAUCUCCUAAGUCUCUUCCUCAAAACCCUCAGUAUAAUCCUUCAUUCUUCAGGUCAAUCAACACUAAGUCUCCCGCAAAUGACGAGCGAAUUCUGGGAUCUUUGUCUGAGCUUGCGUACACAGGCUAUUUCGGAUGUAGUGGUACAAGAAGCAUUGUUGUUUUCUUUUAUGACGAUAUUGGAGAUUAAUGAGGGAGAUCUUAGGGGACUAGCGGAGAGACAUGGAAGGGAAUUAUUGGAGACUAGAGAGUGGGUUGAUGGGAUUUUCAAAGGGAUUGCAGCGGGAAGCGAGGAGGAUGAGAGGAGGAGGUUGUUGGCCGCUGGGGUGCUGGUUAGGAUUGGGGAGUGUGUGGAGAAGUGGCAGAGGCUUAUGGUGGGUGAUGUGGUAGGAUUUACGUAGAUGGGAUGUUGAAGUAGACGAGGAUCGGGUUAUGUAGAUGGGCGUGAGCUAGCUCCAGAUAGUCAAAUAUAUCAUACCAUACCCUUUUAAGAAUACAAGUCUAUUCUCUAUCAUAUUCAGAAUCC